AUGAAAAGGGCUAGAGCAAGUAUUCAGAAGAAAUACAACUUUUUGAACAAACUUUGCCAAAAUGAUGAUGAGGAAGAAGAUCCUAAUGCUGAGCAACUACCUCCUAUAUACCCUGUGCACAAUUCUGAGCAACAAUGGGAUCAAAUGGCUCCUAUGUUAGGUGAUCCGGUUCCUAGAUCUUCAACUCCAACUCCAACUCCAACUCCAAUUCCAACUCCAACUCCAAUUCUAACUCCAAGAUCCACUCCAAUUCCAACUCCAGCUCCAAAUCCAACUCCAAGAUCCACUUCAGCAAAUCCGAAUCCAACUCCAAGAUCCACUUCAACAAAUCCGAAUCCAACUCCAAGAUCCACUCCUUCAACUCCACAUCCAAGUCAAAUGUCCACUUAUGGAACUGCAAGUCGAAGGUCCACUUCUGCAAAUCCACAUCCAACUCCAAGAUCCACUCCUACAACUCCACAACAAAGGCACAGAUCUACUUCUGCAAGACCAUUUCGAAGUGCAGUUCAAGUGAGGAAGAGUAAAGCUUCAGAAAGAAUCAUCAAGCAGUGCCUGAGGAAAAAAGUGGUGUCCAAGGAUGGUAGUGGUUGUAGCUUAAGGAAACCUGUAGAUUUAGGUUGA